AAAAGAAGGAAAGGGAACUAUCAGAUAGCAGAAAGAAAGAGAAAGGAAAAAAGGAAAGCUUGCUGUUGCUGAGAAGGAAAGAAGUAAAAUUACUAUUCAACCCUAAAACCAAAACCCCUCUUUCACUGCUCAUUCAUCAUCACCAACAUCAAUUCAUUCUGCAAAAUUCAGUCUUCUUAACUUUUUAUGUUUUAUUUUUUUUGGGGAAAAAAAUGGUGUCUUAGGGUUUACUUUUGUUUUGAUCCACAACAACUCAUCUGCACUCUUGAAAAAGUUAAAAAAAAAAUGCUUUUUUGAGUUCACUUGUGUAUAAUUUCACAACCCAUUUUUGCAUUUUGCUGAUCUGUACAAAUUCUUGCAGAUCCAGCUUUGGGUUUACACUCUUUCUUGAUCUUUUUCUUGUUUCAAGUUCAGAUUUUUCUUCAAAUUUCAAGCUUUGUGGUGUUAUUGGAGUAGUGGGGUUUGAGUGUUUUGUUCUAAUUUUAGUUUUGAUGAGUUUGUAAGCUCAAGUGGAGCUGUUAAUUGGCUUGCUUUUGUUUAAUUUGUGAUUGGGUUAGGGUUCUUGAGGUACCUCCUUGUGGAAUUUUGCAUUCUUUUUGUGUGUGGGGUGUUCCUGCUUGAUUUGCUUAUAGUGAUUGGAUAUUUGAAGUUGAACUGUUCUUGUUGUUGCCAAGAUUCUGUAUAGAGUUGACUGAGUGGCCGAAAGUUUAGUUUUGGCCUUAGAUUUUGGAAUUGAAAUCAGUUUCAGCCACAAAGUGCAAGGUGGCAAGGACUAUUUCUUUUGCCUUCAUGUUCCAGGUGUAUGUAGUUUGAAGUAAGUUGAAUUCCCACUUUGAGAUUUCUGUGUUAACUUAAGUUAGCUGAGAGGGGGUCUAUGUGAAGUGGUUGAACUCUUGCUUAAUUGUUCAUGGGGGACACAAUAUGCUCUUUUGGUUUGGGGUUUCUAGGGGAGUUUGAUUGAUUAGUAUUAGGGUGAGCCGACACUGACACUGUUAUGCCUCCUUCACCGGCUAUGAGAUGCUCUCCUGGAAGGGAGCUCAGGGCAGAAAAUCACAAGAGAGGGCGCAGUCUUGAAAGUGGGAUUCAUUUGAGGGACAAGGAUGAUGAUCUUGCCCUGUUUAAUGAGGUGCAAACCAGGGAAAGAGAUAAUUUCUUGCUUCAAGCAAAUGAUGAAAUCGAAGACUUAUUUUCUACUAAAUUGAGGUAUUUUUCGGAUUAUAAGCUGGGAAUAUCAAUUCCAGCUCGAGGAGAGAGUAGUGACCUUCUUAAUGCGGAAGGCGAUAAGAAUGACUAUGACUGGUUAUUGACCCCUCCGGACACUCCUCUUUUUCCUUCUUUGGAUGACGAGAUUCAUGAGAGACGCCCGACAAAUCAUGAGCAGAGGGGACGGCCUAGAAGCCAACCCAUUUCAAUCUCUAGAUCAUCAACGAUGGACAAGAGUCACAGAAGUAGUAGAGGUAGUGCCAGUCCGAAUCGCCUUAGCCCGUCUCCUAGGUCUAGCUAUACUGCCGAUCAAUCAAGAGGAAGACCAUCUUCAGCACCUCAUUCAAGUCCACCGCCUAACUUGCGGCAUUCUACUCCGACAAGGAAACCGUCUCCCUCACCUAAGAAAUUCUCAACACCUCCUCCAAGGUCCUCUACACCAACUCCUCGGAGGUUGAGCACAGGCUCCAGUGGUACUGCUGCUCCAUCGCAAGUGAGGGGCUCCUCUCCUGUCAAGACUAGUAGAGGAAACUCUGCAUCACCGAAGAUAAGGGCGUGGCAGUCAAAUAUUCCAGGAUUUUCCUUGGAGGCACCUCCCAAUCUUCGUACUUCACUGGGUGAUCGCCCUGCUUCCUAUGUGAGAGGGUCUUCUCCUGCAUCCAGAAGUGGAUCAAGGUCUGGAAGACAAUCAAUGUCCCCGACUGCUUCUCGAAGUGUCAGCUCAUCACAUAGUCAUGAUCGUGACCCUUUUAGCUCUCACAGUAAAGGGUCAGUUGCAUCGUCUGGUGAUGAUGACUUAGAUUCUCUACAAUCCAUUCCUGUGAGCCGUUCAGAUCGUUCAGGUCCAAGAAGUAUCAGUGGAUUCCAAAAUAAGAAAGCUCUUGGUCAUUCAAAGAAGUCCACAAGAGUAGUGUCCUCUAGUUCUGCUCCAAAGAGAUCCUUCGACAUGGCAAUCCGGCAAAUGGAUCACAGGAAAUCUCCCCAGAAUAUGUUCAGGCCUCUCUUAUCAAGUGUCCCCAGUUCAACCUUCUACGCUGGAAAAACAAGCACCACACAUCAUUCUAUAAUCUCCAGAAACUCCUCGAUCACAAGUAGCAGUAAUGCUAGCUCUGAUCAAGCUACAACUGGACUACAUGACAAUGAAGGAAUUGAACAAAACCAGGAGGAUAUAGGUAAUGAUCAAGUAAAGACAACAUAUGCUGAUUUGCAGGAUGAAGUUUUUGUCCUUGACAAGGCUGAUUCUACAAGUGAAGAUCUCGGGAAACAAAUCUAUAAUAGGGGCUCUUGCAGUUCACUUGGUGAUCCUGAUGGUGACCCGAGGGUUGAUUCUCUACUUGUUGGCUCUAAAAUUUGCAGUCCACAUGAUAAAGCUUUGGAAAUGGUAGUAGAUGUGGAAGUUUUGAACUCGAAUGCAAGUGUGACCCGCGUGAAUGCUCUAGAAGAUGCUGUACUGUGUUCUAGAUGUGGUCAAUGGUACUAUUACACUGGAUCACUUGAUGGAGAUUUGAAGCUUUGUCCAGAUUGUGUUCAUUCAGAAGUACAAUUGCGUGCUACUCCCCCAUUAAGUCUGGUAGUUGGUGAGAAUUCUCCUGAAACUUCGACAGCAAUCCUAGACAGAUCAGUUGACAGUUUUGAAUCAGCUGGGAAUUCACAUGAUUCCUCAGAAGCAACUGGCAAUAAUAAAUUGGGGGAUUAUCAUCAUAGAUUGAGUCCAGAUGAGGGUGAGAAAGCUUAUAUGAAGUCGAAUGUAAAUGAAGGUGUGCAAAGCCACCAAGCAAUGGCUCAAUCACCCAAUGCUGAUAUCAACUCCAAGCUUGUUCAGAAUGCUGAAAAAAGAGAAGGUGCAGGUAUUUCAGUGCUGCUGAAUAGAUCAAGUAGUGGGAAGGGGAACAUUGUUCAGAACAGGACACUUUCUGCCACUAAUAUAAAUUAUGAUGAUUUAUCAUAUGUACGAGAUGCAGUGAACAACAGCUUGAGAAGCUCCACUGGAUAUGGUAGUGCUUCUGCUUCAUCAUCCAUUGAUUUGGGUUCCGCUGGUCAUACAGAAACUCGCUUCCAGCGGCAAUUAAGUGGAAGGAAACUUGACUUGGAAAAUUAUCGGAAUCAGAAUGAUAGAAAGCUCCAAAGCUCCAACUCAUCCUUGUCUGGAAUUUCAAAUCAUGCAGUACAAACUUUAAGCAUUGUGACAAGUUUCCUUGAAGAGUCCUUCGAAACGUCUGCUUCUGCCGACUUACAAAAGAAUAUUGAGAUAGCAUAUGUUGAUCGAGAAAAAGAACUACUUCAAGGAGAAAAUACAAAAGUGGACAACUUAUGCGUUGAGGUUGAGAGUGAUGAUAAUUGUAGAAUUGCCUCCAAGUCAGUGGAUCACUCAGGAACUGUGCCAUCAGUUGCAAAUUUUGAGGAGUCCAGUUCAUAUAUGAAUUGUGAUAACUUGGCUAACUCGGACAAUUCUGUGAAUAUGGAUCCUUGUGAUUUGAUUUCUGAAACUCAUCCUAUUGAGGAAGACGUGUCAAAUUCAUCGGUUGAUAAAGUAGAGAUUGUGGCUUCUUUGAAUCAGAGCUCACUACAUGCAAUAUCUGAGCUGGAAAUUGAGAAUGGACAUGUGGGUUCUCUUGAUUUACAAUCUGAUGUUUGCUCCUUGCAUUCAGAGAGCAGCAUCGAUGAAUUAAAUGAGCAGUCCUUGCAUGCAGCGUCUGGUGAUGGCAAUGAAAUAUUAGCAUCUGUUGACAAAGCUGAUUCCAUGGAUCACAAGGACAUCGUUCGUGAAGAAUCAACUGUUACACUGGAGGGGCAAGGAGGUAACAAGCCAAGAAGCUUGACACUAGAAGAAGCUACUGAUACAAUACUGUUUUGUAGCUCCAUUGUACAUGACCUUGCAUAUCGAGCUGCUAACAUAGCUAUUGAAAAAGAGGAUUCAGUUCUGUUGAAAGAUUCCCGGCCCACGGUGACUAUAGUGGGCAAAGCGAAUUCUGACAGAAGGGAUCCGCGUGGUAGAAUCUCAGGUAGACGUAAUUCUAAGUCAUCUCAAAAGGCUAGACAGAAGAUGGAGGUGGACACGAAACCUCCUCAAAGCAACGCCAACACGGAAAGUGAUGAGAAAAUGGACAAAUCCACGACUCGCAUUGUUGGUGCUCCUAUUAAAGGUGACAGCUUGAAUCCUCCAAAGCUGGAAUCCAAAUGCAACUGCACCAUAAUGUGAUUACUCCCAGAGUUGCUCCUGAUUAAUGCUUGGCCAAUUUUAUUUUGGUGAUCAGCAGUUCCUUUUUUUUUUUUUUGUUUGUUUUGCAUUAUUUGUAAGAAGAAAUAUAUAUAUGUUUCUAAUAACAUAAUCAUUGUAAAGCUUAAUUGAUUGUUAGGGAGAUAAUAGCAAAAGGCAUUGGAGGUUUGUUCCAAUGGCCAUAUUCUUGUUAGUCCAUUUGUAUGUGAUUCUAGUUUUUUUUUUUCACUGGAGAGCAAGUGUGAAUUCAUUUUUUUCCUUUCUGGUGCUAGUGAAAAUUCUAAAUUCACAACCCUUC